CGACACCAGCCUCUCCCACCCCCCCGCGACUCCUUUCUCGGAUCGCCGGAGAUCGAAGGGCCAACGAUCCCCGAUCACGAGCCAACCGGCGCUCGAUCGCCGAAGCCGCACCGAAUUCGGCCGCCUCCGCCGCCGCCGCCGCCGCCGCCGCCGGGGGUCAUGGCCUCCGAUUGCUUCCCUCCGUUCAUCGCCGCUCAGCUCAAUUACCUCGUCCACCAGUCUACUCUCGGCGUCAAGGUCGAGAACGUGUGGUCCGGGAGCAAGAGCUACCCCGGAGUGCUCGAUCGGUUCACUCUGUUGAUUCCUUACUGCCUGGACUACAUCAAGUGGGAUGUUCUAUACAACGCGGAGUUUCCCCUUUGUCCCCCAGAUGUUAUAUUCGCGCCAGAAGAUGAACAUUUUCAUCCGUUUCGGCUGAGGAGCAGGGAGGGAGGAAACGAUGGAGGAGCCAAGAACAGCUUGUCUGAUUGGAACCACAAAGACCCUACUCGGCUAUGUGCUCUCAUCCAAGAACUGAGGGAUGAGUACACGAACUAUCAGAGGAGACGUGCUGGAGAGGUUGAUGAUGAUAGGCUGACGUUCGAGAUUAGCACUAUUUUGUCUAGGGAGGGAAUUGAAAUGCAUAUGAGUUCUGGACUUGAUAAGCCACAGGAGGUAAAGUUUGCAGUUCCCCUGGUGGACAUGAAUAUAAACAAAAUGGUGCAUGGAUGCCCUUGGCGACAUCUCCAGAAAAUACAUUUACAGGUUGUGUAUCCAGUUGGAAAAAAGUAUGUAUCUGCUGCCUCCGCCCCUCGUCUUAAAUUAGUAUCUACUCCUGAACUGAAGGCUUUAUUUUCGGUGGAUGAUGUCAAGCUUCCUUCAUGGGUGGAUGGAAUGUGCAUGGCUGAAUACCUUCCCCAUCUCGAAGAAUCUCUUCAAGGACAGAUUAUGGAAGCAGUAGCACUAAUCGAUAUUAGGAGGCACUUUAUCGAGGCAUUAGCCCCUGUGUUUGGCAGACCAGUGGAAGCUGAUCCGGUCUUUUGCAGAAAAGCAACGGUUCUGGUUGCCUCUGGCGUAUUCACCUUUCUGGUGCACCUUUUCAUUCCAACACAAUUUCCGAGACAACAACCAGCUCUGAUGCUUCAGAGUUCUCAGCACUUUAAUUCCCAAGGUGCACCGAUCAAGUCAUCACUUCUGACAGAUUACCCAUGGAGUCCGAGAUGGGAUGCAUCGCAGAUGGUUGAGAGGAUACUCGAAUUCUUGGUGGACGAGUCUUUGAACUUCAAGAGAUACUGCAACGAGGCACAACUUCAACCAUAGCUCGAGCUUCUGGAUUGCUGGUUCACCUUGUGGUCAGUCUGUACCUAUUAUAAUCGUCUGAGUUGUCUCUGUUUGUUUCUGGCAAUAGUGACACUAUAUUUCCGCGGCUCUUGAACUGCAACUGAAAUCAUUUUGUCCUGCGUCUCACUGAAGGUCCGUAUUGUGUUAUUGGACAGUGUGUGAGAUGAUGGUAUCUUUAGAUCCCGUGCGGGUGAAAUAUGGUUAAUCCUUCUUUUGCGAUCUUUCCCAUGGGGGAUCUCUCUAGAAGCCGCCAAUGCCAGGGGACUACGCGGUUCCUGUGAGCUCUCUGUUCUCGAGAGAACAAACCACGUCGCAAAAAUAGGGGACAAAUGGAAGAAUAUAUAUUGAAAAAGAUAAUUUAAAAAAUUCAUGGUUCAUUCA